AUGGCUUCCGAAGCAAGGCUCUACACUUUCUCACAAGAGACGAAAGACCACCUGCGCAAGUUCCGCCUCGGGACAUCGCGCUCCAACGACCCCCAGGCCGUCAUCUACCUGAUUGAUAAGACAACCAAGGAAAUCAGGCAAGACGAUGACAAAGUAGUCUACAAGACGCUUGAAGAAAUCGGCGAUGAUUUGCCCGACCACAGCCCGAGAUUCGUGCUGUUGAGCUAUCCUCUCACACUUCCCUCCGGCCGACUCUCCGUACCAUACGUAAUGCUCUACUACAUGCCCUCAACAUGCAACGCCGCGAUGCGCAUGUUGUACGCGGGCGCCAAGGAGCUGAUGCGCAACACGAGCGAGGUGACCAAGAUUAUCGAUAUCGAGUCGCCGGAAGACUUGGAGGAGAUUCCGGCUAAGCUUGGUGCUGCUUGA